AUGUUGUACUCUUCGCUCGCCCUCACCCUGAUGGCUUCGGCCGUCGGCGUGCAGGCUGGCUCCCUCAAGGACAUUAAACACAUUGUUCUCUUUAUGCAAGAGAACAGAUCCUUUGAUCACUACUUUGGUACCAUGGCUGGCGUGCGCAAUUUUGCGGAUCCCAACGUCAAGAAGAACGACGGCGUGCCUGUCACGAAACAAGCCACCAAGGGGACCAAGAAUGGCGUCAAUACACUGUCGCCCUGGCACAUCAACUACCUCGGCGGCGACUGGAAGGACGCGACGCAGUGUAUGAACGGCGGCUCCAACGGCUGGGACGCCAUGCACGGGGCCUGGAACAACGGGCGCGGCGACGGCUGGGUCACGGCCGACACGGACUACAACAUGGGCUACUACAAGCGCGAGGACGUGCCCACGCACUGGGACAUUGCCGAGGGCUGGACCGUCAUGGACAACUCGCACCAGGCCAUCCUCGGCGUCACCGACCCCAACCGCAUCACCUGGAUGAGCGGCACCGUCAACACAAAGGGCUCGCCCUCCAACCCCGACGGCGCCGGCGGCAACAUCCUCUCCAACCGCGCCAGCCCCGGCUGCGACUCCCCCGGCAACAACUGCUUCCCCUUUACCUGGAAGACCACCCCCGAGUACCUCGAGGACGCCGGCAUCUCCUGGCGCGUCUGGCAGGACUUUGACAACUUUGAGGACAACAUGCUCGCCUACUUCAAGCAGUACCAGGACACCCCCGCCGGCGGCGCCCUCCGCGACAAGGGCCUCACCUUCCCCGGCCUCGACGCCUUUUACGACGCCUGCGCCAACGGCACCCUGCCCCAGGUCAGCUGGAUCAUCGGGCCCUCGGAGCAGAGCGAGCACCCCCCCAACAUGCCCAUUGACGGCGCCUGGCUGCAGCGCAACAUUGUCCAGGCCGUCGUCAACAGCCCGCUCUACAGCUCCACCGCCCUCGUCGUGAGCUACGACGAGCAGGGCGGCUGGGCCGACCACGUCAUCCCGCCCGUUGCGCCGCGCGAUGCCGCCGGUGAAUGGAUCACCGAUCCCUUUGACGCCAGCCGCGGCGUUGUGCCCAUUGGACCUGGCCCUCGCGUGCCGCGCUACAUUGUCUCGCCGUGGACGCGCGGCGGCAACGUCUUUGCCGAGACGGGCGACCACACGUCAGACAUUCUCUUCAUCGAGGCGUGGGCGCAAGCCAACGGGUACGACGUGCACAACGACAACAUCACGCCGUGGCGGCGCGCGCACAUGACCAACAUGGUCAACGCCUUUGACUUUGGCGCGCCCGACUACUCGCGGCCGGGCAUCACGGCGGUGCGCAUGCCCGAGCCGCUCGACUACGACAACUGGAGCGGCAACCUGACGCUCGGCUCGCUGACGGGGCCGUGGGUCGGCCCGUCCAAGUGCAGCAGCGGCUUCGCGCACGGCAACUACCCGGCCGUGCCGUACGGCGCCGAGAACGCCAACGAGGACAUGAACGCCCUCGUCGAGGACGGCUUCAAGGAGCUGCGCGGCGCCAUCACCGAGGGCCGGUACAUCACCAUCGAGGCCGCCGGCAUGGGCCUCGGCCGCACCAAGGACGGCAAGCUCGUCGCCAUUGCCGCCGCCGACAAGCACGAGGACGCCGCCCAGCGCUGGAUCAUCAGCAACUCGGACGGCGACCGCUUCGGCAACACCUUCUUUGUGCAGUCGGCCGCCAGCGGCGGCGGCUUCGUCACCGCAAAGGGCACGCUCGACACGGACCAGGCAAACGCGCAGGCGUUUGUGUUCGAGUACGAGCCGGCCACCGCCACGCACACCCUGCGCAAGGCCGGCGCCGGCACCGGGCAGUACGUCAGUCUGCGCAAGCGCGCGGGCAAGAAGCGCGGCACGAAGAAGUGCCGCGACGUGGGCGACGUCGACUUUGCAGGGCCCAAGACGUCGUUUAAGAUUUACGGCGUCAACUACCGGUCUUGA